GGUAUAGAGUUUGGCUGAAAACCAAUUUUAGCAGUGGUGAAGGGAUGUUGUAACGAUCUGGGCAACUUUUCUUCAUUGAAUCAACAUUGGACGCGUUGUGUGUUUUAUUGAGAGCGGGAGGUGAUGGUAGCGAGUUGUCAUGUCAGGCGUGUGUGUGGGUCCGUGACAGGUAAUGUUGCUUCACAGAACACAGGACGUAAACUGACUAUAGCCUCAGUAGUGGCUGACUGUCGGACGCGCAGACUGGGAGACGUCACGGUCUCCCCAGCACCAUCUCCUUGUCCCCUCUCUCCCCUACCCCCAGGACCUGGACGCCCGUGGGUGGUGAGUGGUGAGGAGCACCGACAGCGAUCGUUUACAUUGUAAAUCAACACCGGCGCGCUGCGCGUAUUUUGCAGCCUUCUCGGGUUGAUAGGCAUCAGUUCAACUUAUCUCGCCGUGAGGUGUGGAUCGUGUACCGACACCCCGGCUACCGUGUCUAGCUACCACCACACCAAGUUUUCUGUUUUAAAGGGACAUUUGGGCAGUGUUCUGUUAUGGGAGUUUAAGACUAAAUAUUGAGACAAUAGCCUGUGUUACGUGUAGAGGAUUGUGUGGAAGCCUGUCGGGAUGUCCUACCCACACUUUGGAUACUCUUUACCGUCGUCUUCUCAGUUGCUCAUGUCCAGCCACGCCGCGUCGUGCUGCGAGGCCGGGCGGCCCAUCAUGUCGGACCCGCACACCGGCCAGGCCGUGUGCUCCUGUCAGUACGAGGGCAGGGUGGCCGGGCUGGUGCCGCCACGGGUCGGUGAGAUGUCCCUCAGCAGCGUGUACGGCUCGCCGUACGCCGGCCAGGGCUACAUCGCCUCCUUCGGUGCCGACCCGUCGGCCUUCUAUUCCCCGUUGGCGAACCCGUACGACCCGUCGGCAGGUCUACAGCAGCCCACCGCCUACUACCCGUACGACCCCGCCACGCUAGCCGCCGGCGCACAGUACCAUCCUUACGGCGGUUAUGGUCCGAUGGAUGGAACGCCUCGGAAAAACGCCACCAGAGACGCCACCAGCACUCUCAAAGCCUGGCUGAAUGAGCACAAGAAAAACCCGUACCCCACCAAGGGAGAGAAGAUCAUGCUCGCCAUCAUCACCAAAAUGACUCUAACUCAGGUGUCCACAUGGUUCGCGAACGCCAGGAGGAGACUCAAGAAGGAAAACAAAAUGACCUGGUCGCCAAGGAAUAAGAGUGGAGACGAGAGGAGGGAAGACGGGAGCGACAGUGAGAACGAGAAUGACGAUGAAGAUGGGAGAGAAGGCGGAGAAGACAAAAACCAGGAGGAUGAUAGAGGACUGGAGGGAGACAGAGACAAUCAGGAGUUGGAUGUGGGAAAUCCUUGUGAGGAAAACCGACAGGAAGACAACGCCAGCGGUUCGGUAUCGGACUAUCGGCCGCCGCCUCAGUCCUCCAGCCCCGCUGAUUCCCUGGGAUCUAUUAGUGCUGCACCGAGACCGGCCAGUCCCGAGCCCAGUCCCGCUGCGAACUCUGUACCGGUCCCGCCGAUUCCUUCCGAAAACAAGCCAAAGAUCUGGUCCUUAGCCGACACGGCGACCAGCAGUAGUCCGGGGUUGAGAUCGGAGCCCCCACGGUCCCUUCCUACCGGUGCUAUCCCGACCAUACCUGGACAAUUCCCCGGACACCGACCCUUUGACUCUGUAGCUAACCUCCGCCACUGGGUGAACGGUUUUUCCCAACCCAUUCGGACUCACGCCAUGUCUUCCUCGCAGCCUGGAGCCGCUACCUCCGUGUUUAGCUCGGGACAGUUACCCACAGGCGUAUCCUUAGCGGGACUUCCCGUCAGGACUCUCUCGGCCACGGCACCGACAGGAGUACAUGCCUUCCUCGGGAGAGAGCACGCCUUCCCCGGAGUAGCCAGGACACACUCCCCCGCUACAAACGAAGUGUCAAAUCCAACAAACGCUAGAUACAGAGAAGGGCCCUACAGCGAGGGCCAUCCAACCGCGUUCAAACCGGUACAAAAGAGGUAAGCGAGGAGUAAUGCUCCAGAGGAACAGUCCCAGCCCCGGGAGUUUGACGCCGCCGUAGCUCUCACCAAUCUGUCUUCAAGAUAGCGCCCGUGGGGUUCGAACCCGUGUCCUCAAGUACCGCGCCCUCGUCCUGUCUUCAAUCGGCUUCUGGGAUAUGGGAAGGGGAGAUAAGUCGUUUUUACAACGCCUUCAAACAAUGACAUUUUGUCAGAGUAUCGUCGUAUCAUAGAUUAACUAUACAUCUGCUUCCAUGUGUAUCUGUAACAUCUAUUUUGCCAAGCAUUAAGUAAGGCUUUUUGGACAAUAACUGCGUGUUACUGUGGCUGAAACAGUUGCCGUCAAAUAGAAAUGCAAUUUUAUUGUCUCAUAACUCUCAUUAGACAUUUUGACAUCCGAUAAUGUCUUUCCUUUAACUUAAGACACGGCCAAAAUACAAAUCAUUCCAUUUAAUAUCUCCCCGUGUAGAUGGUACAGUAUUUAAACGAUAUGUGAGGAUUUCAUUGACUGCGAAAAUUAGUAUUGCGAAUUGUUACGCAAAUAGUAGAAAUGCUGCUAAACUUGAGAGCGCAAUAGUCCGGACAGCGUACAUACGUACAAGUCGUGAAUUCACAUCCUGAGGGCGAUUACAUCUGUGUUUUGUAAGGGCUGAAAAUGACCGUUCCCAGAAAUUGAAGCCAGAUUUCUGCCAAAGACUUAUGUCUGAAUAUGCUGCACUUUGUAUAUUUUCUAUGAGAGAACCACCUGUACAUAAUUUCGCGCCAUAGUUUGUGAAUGUCGGUUCUUACUGAACCGGUACUGAAGUGAGUAGACUUGUCUUCUCACUUUAUCCGGUCGAUGUUAUGUGUGUAUUUGUUGUUUGAGAAGCACAAGUGUGUAAGAUUUAGAAAGAGAAAAAGAGGAAUACUCUGAUUUUCUUUAACUACGAUUUUUAUAGUAAUUCUAGAAGCCUGUUGUUGGGUGGCUUGCCCGAAAGCAGACGACCCUGUGUUUUUAGCAACGACAGUGUUACACGGAUGAGAUUGUUUGCUAACGGUUGGACCACAGGGGAUAACAUGUUGUGUUGUGUCGUCCUAACAUCUCCUGUAAACUCACCACUUUCCCUCGACAGGGUUUUAGAACAAAAAAACAACCUCCUACAAAUAAAUCCAUUUUUGAGAAGAA